AUGUUGGCGGAUUUUAGCAGCUUCCCACAGCUCACUGCGAUGUUGGCUUUCAGGGCAAGAAUGAGGAAGAAGAGCAAGAGAGGAAAUAGAAACAAGAAGAGGAAGAAGCAGCAAAUGAUACCUCUUUCUGUAGGUCCAAAUGCAAUGGUGGAAGAAACUGGGAGGAUAAGAAAAGUGUUGGAAACAAAAGCAGCUAUGGUGUUUGAGAAUGAUGGGUCCCAGAGGCACCCAGAAUCUGCUAGCAGGUACAUUAGGGGUGCUUGCUUAGGCGCAACAAAUAGCUGA